UUCGCCACAACACCAGUUGCUCUGUGGUGAUACUGACUGACUGUGGACGGAUUGACUCAGUAAAGAAGUGUACAGGUGGACUGUGGAAGCAUCAUGGGCAUCAAGUUCCUGGAGGUGAUAAAGCCGUUCUGUGCAGUGUUGCCAGAGAUCCAAAAACCAGAAAGAAAGAUCCAGUUCAGAGAAAAGGUAUUAUGGACUGCCAUCACUCUCUUCAUUUUCCUGGUGUGCUGCCAGAUCCCCCUGUUUGGCAUCAUGUCGUCAGACUCUGCAGAUCCAUUCUACUGGAUGAGAGUCAUUCUGGCCUCAAACAGAGGUACGCUGAUGGAGCUAGGUAUCUCGCCUAUUGUCACCUCAGGCCUGAUAAUGCAGCUGCUGGCUGGAACCAAGAUCAUUGAAGUUGGCGACACACCAAAGGACAGAGCCCUGUUCAAUGGAGCUCAGAAAUUGUUUGGAAUGAUCAUCACCAUUGGUCAGGCCAUCGUAUAUGUAAUGACUGGCAUGUAUGGAGAUCCCUCAGAGAUGGGCACUGGAAUCUGUCUGCUCAUCAUUAUUCAGCUGUUUGUUGCUGGGAUGAUUGUGCUGCUGCUGGAUGAGUUGCUCCAAAAGGGUUAUGGUCUUGGUUCUGGGAUCUCACUCUUCAUCGCUACCAACAUCUGUGAGACGAUUGUCUGGAAGGCCUUCAGCCCCACGACGAUGAACACAGGAAGAGGCACAGAGUUUGAGGGAGCAAUCAUUGCUCUGUUCCAUCUGCUCGCAACUCGGACAGACAAAGUGCGUGCUCUGAGAGAGGCUUUCUACAGGCAGAAUCUGCCCAACCUCAUGAACCUCAUUGCCACAAUAUUUGUCUUUGGUGUAGUCAUAUAUUUUCAGGGAUUCAGAGUGGAUCUGCCCAUCAAGUCAGCUUGCUACCGUGGCCAGUACAACACCUACCCCAUCAAACUCUUCUACACCUCCAACAUCCCCAUCAUCUUGCAGUCGGCCUUGGUCUCCAACUUAUAUGUUAUCUCCCAGAUGCUCUCCACACGCUUCAGUGGCAAUUUCCUGGUUAAUCUGCUUGGAACUUGGUCUGACGCGAUAUCAGGCGGCCCAGCACGUGCCUACCCUGUUGGUGGACUCUGUUACUACCUCUCCCCCCCAGAGUCAUUUGGCUCUGUUCUAGAAGACCCAGUGCAUGCAGUCAUCUACAUUAUCUUCAUGCUCGGAUCAUGUGCCUUCUUCUCCAAGACCUGGAUUGAAGUUUCUGGCUCCUCUGCUAAAGAUGUGGCGAAACAGCUCAAGGAGCAGCAGAUGGUGAUGAGGGGACACAGAGAAACCUCAAUGGUUCAUGAACUGAACAGGUACAUUCCUACUGCAGCUGCCUUUGGUGGACUAUGUAUCGGUGCUUUGUCAGUAAUGGCAGACUUCCUCGGCGCCAUUGGCUCCGGCACUGGUAUCCUGCUGGCUGUCACCAUCAUCUAUCAGUACUUUGAGAUUUUUGUGAAAGAACAGAGUGAACUAGGCAGCAUGAUGUUCUUCUAGAAAGGCCACUACCCUGCCAAAUUUUAUUCGGAUCUUCAAACUUGCAAUCUAUUUUACAUCAGACAACAAACAACCCACAGGCUCUCCAAGAGGCAGGGUGAAAGAUGGGCCUAAUUGAACUGAUCACAAGGAAAUAACUGUAACAUAAACAAUGAUAAGAACUCGAACAACUGUGUGUGCGGAUGGGGAAAAAAGGUGACUUUUUAUGGUGGCUGCAAAUCCACCAGAGCAGAACAAAGUGUGGUGGAACGGGUCAGGAGCAACAGUGGACUACAGUGACAGGUCAUUCAAGAGGGACCAAAGGUCAGGUUCAGGAACCACGGUGCUAAUGCACACUCUGGUGCUGAGGGAGGGCCAUCUGGCUUAGAUCUCUGAGGUGGAGAGUGAGCACAAAGUGAGCACCAAGAACAUGCAUCCACCUGACCUGAAAAACCAGAGCCAAGAGUCAAAGAGAGGAAAGCCCCUGCUAGGAGAGAGAAAAUUAGGUGUCUAAAGGUCAGCAAUUGUUCAAAGAUCAACCUGCUGGGAGAUAGUCUUUACAAGGAGUUUUAAGAGUUUGGCACAAUUACCACCAAGAAAGUUACUGUGCCUGAGCAAAAACGGAGGCAGGAAAGAGACUGAACAACUAGUGCAUCAAUGGCAAUAGCUGGGACAAGGACAACAUCAGUUGAGAAAGACUGUCUCAAAGGGAUAUGGUGGGGAUCAUGUGGAGACCAGCCAACCCGUGGAGCACAGAAUAGGGACAUUUUUUCAAGAAUCCCCUCACUGGACAACUGCUUGAGGAAGCAGAUCAUGUAAGGCUGGAAUUCACCAGAGAGAAACUGCAAGAUCACUCCUUCCUUGCAUGGAGAGUGACCCACGACCUGGCUUGACCUUGCAAAUGCGCAUGGAUCUGUCCCUCACCUGCUCAACAAACACACUGACUAUAAAGCUUCCUCCACACGUCCUCUCAAGUAUCUUCUAAAGUAACACACAGAAGUUAAAGCUUCCCAAGUUUUAUUAAAGGCCUCUUUAAAUCGUG